GCUCCGCCGCGGGAGGGGCGCGCUGGGCAGCAGGAGGCGUCGCGCACCUGCGGCUCGUGGACUCGGCGAGUUCCCAGCGCCUCAUUCCACGCGGAUUCUCUGCGGGCCUCGGAGUGGGGGCCCCACAUCCCCUCGCCAGUCUCUUGACCCUGAACCCCUGCUCCGCGGCCCUCGGCCUGCAGUCGUCCCGCCAGACCCCUCGCAGGACCCCCCACUGCCGCCGCCCGCCGCGCCCGCCGCGCUCCGUCCCGGAAGCUCGGACUUCCGUCGCACGGUCGGACGAGUGUCCACCCCGCCAUGCCCUCUCUCGGGGACCUGCUGCGGGACUGGCACCAGGGCGCGCAGGCCGUAGCGCGAGGGGACUGGGACUGCGCCCUGCGCCUCUUCUCGGGCGACCCGGAUCCGUCCGCCAAGAUGUGCUUCAACAUGGGCUGCGUGCACCUGCUGGCCGGGGACCCGGAGGCCGCGCUGCGGGCAUUUGACCAGGCAGUGACCAAGGACACCUGCAUGGCUGUUGGCUUCUUCCAGCGAGGAGUGGCCAGCUUCCAACUGGAAAGGUUCCAGGAGGCCCUGUCUGACUUCCGGCUGGCCCUGGUACAGCUGAGGGAGAACACCACCAUCGACUACACCCAGCUGGGCCUGCGGUUCAGGCUGCAUGCCUGGGAGGUGCUCUUCAACUUGGGGGCGGCACAGUGCCGCCUGGGACUCUGGGCCGAGGCCACCCGCAGCCUGGAGGAGGCCCUCUCCAAGGGGCCAGAACGGGCCCACCACGACCUGCGCACUGCUCUGGACCAAGUGCAGGCCACCGCCCUGGGCAGCUGCUCAGAUCUGCAUUGGCCGGACCCCCUCCAGAAACAGGUGCACCUGCAGCCUCGGCAAGUCCCCAGGGGGGAGGUCUUCCGGCCCCACAGGCGGCACCUGGAGCUCCUGGAGCCAGUGGAUUUCCUGGGCAAGGCCAAGGUGGUGUCCUCUGCCUUCCCCGAGGACCCACAGGAGGGCGGCCAGCCUCCCCGGCCCCAGGUUCAGGAUGCGGAUGCCGGAGCCAGGCCUGGAGAGGCCCCCCGGGCUGCAGACAAAGGGUCCUGGGGAACCAACACCACCUGUGGCCCCAGGAGGCUCCCGAGUGCAGAGACAGAGGUCCGCCCGGGACAGGCGGGACAGGCUGACCCCCGUGUGCCUGUCGUCUCCUGUGAGCAGAGGCCCUGUGUGGAGCAAGCUGGCAAACAGGUUCCUCCAGUCCCCACAGGCUUGCUGGUGGCAGGGAGGCCAGACCCCGGCCCUUCUGAAGACCCCUCUCAUGCUGGGGGAGCGGCCGUGGGGGGCCCCGAGUCCUUGGUGACCGUGGUAGUGCAGUGUGUUUUCACGCUGGCCCUGAAGGUCCCAAGAGGAGCUGACCUGUCCAGCCUGCAGACCCUGCUGAGCCAAGCCCUCCCCCAGCAGGCCCAGCACGGGCAGCUCAGUUACCAAGACCCCAGCAACAAGGGACGCUGGGUCCCCCUCGCCCGGGAGGAGGUGCUGCAGAGGGCCUGGUGGGAUGCGGCAGCCAGCCCUGGGGUCCUGCGGCUCCGGUGCCAGCCUCCCCCUGCCGCAGGGAGCCGGCGGCCGGCCUGUCCUCUACCAGGUGGUGGCCCGGCACAGCUACUCUGCCCGGGGGCCCGAGGACCUGGACUUACAGCCGGGGGACAUUGUGGAUGUCCUGUGUGAAGGUCAGCGGGGCGCUGGGGCACACGGGGUGUCUGGGAGCCGAUGCUGUCUGAUGUGCCCCAAGGAGCCCUGACAUGGUCUUGCGUGCAGUGGACCCGGCGUGGCUGGAGGGCCACUGCGAUGGCCGCAUCGGCAUUUUCCCCAAGUGCUUCGUGGGCCCAGCUGGACAGUAGGUGUGCGGAGC